CCAAAUGCCACACCCGAUUCUAUGAGAGAUUUCUUUAUGACGCAGACUUUAGUACAUUUAUCAGAAACAAUUUUAAAACCAAUUUCGCUCACAGAUGAAAUGGACAUUAUGGAAUUACAUUCUUCAGGUCAAAUAGCCUAUUGGAUAAGCUAUUAUUUUACAAAAAGAUAUGGAUCUGACCAGAAUCCAACAGAGGAGAAAAUUAAAGCUAGAAAAUUAUUAAAAGUAGUAGCUGAUAAAAACAUGCCAAAAGCACAGCAUGAAUAUGCAGUUUCAUUUUUAAAGGAUGGAAAUAUAUUACCUGGUAAAAUUUAUUGUAAUAAUAGUAAGAAAUUAUUAAAAAAAGGACAACCAGAUCAGGGUUAUAAAUUAUUGGGAAAAGCCUAUUUGGAAAAAGCAAGCUUACAAGGAAGUAAUGAAGCAAAAAAUUUAUUAUCCAAAAUUAAGGAUUAA